AUGCUUUCUGGUGUGUGUUCUUUUCCAGGUCAGAACUGCGGGGGCUUAGUUCAGGGUCCCAAUGGCACCAUCGAGAGCCCAGGGUUCCCCCACGGCUACCCCAACUAUGCCAACUGCACCUGGAUCAUCAUCACGGGGGAGCGCAAUCGGAUACAGCUGUCCUUCCAUACCUUUGCUCUGGAAGAGGACUUCGAUAUUCUGUCAGUGUAUGAUGGACAGCCCCAACAGGGCAAUCUGAAAGUGAGGUUAUCGGGAUUUCAGCUGCCUUCCUCCAUCGUCAGCAGCGGCUCCAUCCUUACUCUCUGGUUCACGACAGACUUCGCCGUGAGUGCCCAGGGAUUCAAAGCGCUGUAUGAAGUUUUACCCAGUCACACAUGUGGAAAUCCUGGGGAAAUCCUGAAGGGAGUCCUCCACGGGACACGAUUCAACAUAGGAGACAAGAUCCGGUACAGCUGUCUCUCAGGCUAUGUCUUGGAGGGCCACGCCAUCCUGACUUGCAUAGUCAGCCCGGGGAAUGGGGCCUCCUGGGACUUCCCGGCCCCGUUCUGCAGAGCCGAGGGGGCCUGCGGCGGAACCUUGCGGGGUACGAGCAGCAGCAUCUCCAGCCCCCACUUCCCCUCCGAGUACGAGAACAAUGCCGACUGCACGUGGACCAUCCUUGCGGAGCCCGGGGACACCAUCGCGCUGGUCUUCACUGAUUUCCAGCUCGAAGAAGGAUACGACUUCUUAGAGAUCAGUGGGACAGAAGCGCCGUCCAUAUGGCUAACCGGUAUGAACCUUCCUUCUCCUGUCAUCAGUAGCAAGAACUGGUUGCGACUCCAUUUCACAUCCGACAGUAACCACCGACGGAAAGGAUUUAAUGCUCAGUUUCAAGUGAAAAAGGCGAUUGAAUUGAAGUCAAGAGGAGUCAAGGUGAUGCCCAGCAAGGACAGCAGCCAUAAGAACUCUGUCUUAACUCAAGGAGGUGUUGCUUUGGUCUCCGACAUGUGUCCAGAUCCUGGGAUUCCAGAGAAUGGCAGAAGAGCGGGUUCAGACUUCAGGGUUGGUGCAAAUGUACAGUUCUCCUGUGAGGACAAUUACGUGCUCCAGGGAUCCAAGAGCAUAACGUGUCAGAGAGUCACCGAGACCCUGGCUGCGUGGAGUGACCACCGGCCGAUCUGCAGAGCAAGAACAUGUGGAUCGAAUCUGCGUGGACCCAGUGGCGUCAUCACCUCUCCUAAUUACCCGGUUCAGUAUGAAGACAAUGCUCACUGUGUGUGGGUCAUCACUACGACGGAUCCUGACAAGGUCAUCAAGCUUGCCUUUGAGGAGUUUGAGCUUGAAAGAGGUUAUGACACCCUAACUGUGGGCGACGCGGGAAAAGUAGGGGACACCAGGACCGUCUUAUAUGUACUCACUGGAUCCAGUGUUCCUGACCUCAUCGUGAGUAUGAGCAACCAGAUGUGGCUGCACCUACAGUCUGAUGACAGCAUAGCCUCGCCUGGGUUUAAAGCCGUUUACCAAGAAAUUGAGAAAGGGGGGUGCGGGGAUCCAGGCAUCCCGGCUUACGGUAAGCGGACCGGCAGCAGCUUUCUCCACGGAGACACACUCACGUUCGAGUGCCAGGCGGCCUUCGAGCUGGUGGGGGAGAGAGUCAUCACGUGUCAGCAGAACAACCAGUGGUCUGGCAACAAGCCCAGCUGUGUAUUUUCCUGUUUCUUCAACUUCACGGCAUCAUCAGGAAUUAUCCUCUCACCGAAUUACCCGGAAGAGUAUGGUAACAACAUGAACUGUGUCUGGCUGAUCAUCUCUGAGCCGGGCAGCAGAAUUCACCUCAUCUUUAAUGACUUUGAUGUGGAGCCUCAGUUUGACUUCCUUGCUGUCAAAGAUGAUGGGAUUUCAGACAUAACUGUGCUGGGCACAUUCUCAGGCAAUGAGGUGCCGUCCCAGCUGGCCAGCAGUGGGCACAUCGUCCGCCUGGAGUUCCAGUCGGACCACUCCACCACCGGCCGGGGCUUCAACAUCACCUACACCACAUUUGGUCAAAACGAGUGCCAUGACCCUGGCAUCCCCGUAAAUGGACGGCGCUUUGGUGACAGGUUCCUGCUGGGGAGCUCGGUCUCCUUCCACUGUGAUGACGGCUUUGUCAAAACCCAGGGCUCGGAGUCCAUCACCUGUGUCCUGCAGGAUGGGAAUGUCGUCUGGAGCUCCACCGUCCCCCGCUGUGAAGCCCCAUGUGGAGGACAUCUGACAGCUUCAAGUGGAGUGAUUUUGCCCCCAGGAUGGCCAGGGUAUUACAAAGACUCCUUAAAUUGUGAAUGGAUAAUUGAAGCAAAACCAGGACACUCUAUCAAAAUCACUUUUGAUAGAUUCCAAACCGAAGUCAACUACGACACGCUGGAGGUCAGAGACGGGCCGGCCAGCUCGGCCCCGCUGAUCGGGGAGUACCACGGCACGCAGGCGCCCCAGUUCCUCAUCAGCACGGGCAACUUCAUGUACCUCCUGUUCAGCACCGACAACAGCCGGUCCAGCGUGGGAUUCCUCAUUCGCUAUGAGAGUGUGACUCUGGAGUCCGACUCCUGCCUUGAUCCUGGGAUCCCCGUGAAUGGGCAUCGGCACGGCAGUCACUUUGGCAUCCGGUCCACAGUGACCUUCAGCUGUGACCCAGGCUACACGCUGAGUGAUGACGAGCCCCUGGUCUGUGAGCAGAACCACCAGUGGAACCACGCGUUGCCCAGCUGUGACGCCCUCUGUGGAGGAUACAUCCAUGGAAAGAGUGGAACAGUUCUUUCUCCUGGGUUUCCAGAUUUUUACCCAAACUCUCUAAACUGUACGUGGACCAUUGAGGUGUCUCAUGGAAAGGGAGUCCAGAUGAUCUUCCACACCUUUCACUUGGAGAGUUCCCACGACUACCUGCUGAUCACCGAGGACGGGAGCUUCUCGGAGCCAGUGGCCAGGCUCACGGGCUCGGUGCUGCCUCACACCAUCAAGGCGGGUUUGUUUGGAAACUUCACAGCCCAACUUCGGUUUAUAUCAGACUUUUCCAUUUCCUACGAGGGCUUCAACAUCACAUUUUCAGAGUACGAUCUCGAGCCGUGCGAUGACCCUGGCGUCCCUGCCUUCAGCAGAAGAAUUGGCUUUCACUUCGGAGUCGGGGAUGCACUAACCUUCUCCUGCUUCCCGGGUUACCGCUUAGAAGGUGCUACCCAGCUCACGUGCCUGGGUGGGGGCCGUCGUGUGUGGAGCGCACCUCUGCCAAGGUGUGUGGCUGAAUGUGGAGCGAGUGUCAAAGGAAAUGAAGGAACGUUACUGUCUCCAAAUUUCCCGUCAAACUAUGAUAAUAACCAUGAAUGUAUCUAUAAAAUUGAAACGGAAGCUGGCAAGGGGAUCCAUCUCAGAGCACGAAGCUUUCAGCUGUUUGAAGGAGAUAUUCUGAAGGUCUACGAUGGAAAGGACAGCUCGUCGCGGCCCCUGGGCGCCUUCACGAGGAACGAGCUGCUGGGGCUCGUCCUGAAUAGCACUUCCAACCACCUGUGGCUGGAGUUCAACUCCAACGGAUCCGACACGGACCAGGGCUUCCAGCUCACCUACACCAGUUUUGACCUGGUGAAGUGUGAGGACCCAGGGACGCCUCACUACGGCUACAGGAUCCGGGAUGAAGGCCACUUCACCGACACGGUCGUCCUGUACAGCUGUAACCCAGGCUACGCCAUGCACGGCGGGGCUACUCUGACCUGCCUGAGCGGGGACCGGAGAGUGUGGGACCGGCCAUUGCCUUCCUGUGUAGCGGAAUGUGGUGGGCGGAUCCACGCUGCCACUUCAGGACGCAUCCUGUCUCCAGGAUACCCUGCUCCCUACGACAACAACCUCCACUGCACCUGGGUGGUAGAGGCGGACCCGGGGAAGACCAUCAGCCUGCACUUCAUCGUGUUUGACACGGAGCUGGCCCACGACAUCCUGCGGGUGUGGGACGGCCCGGCGGACAGCGCCAUCCUGCUGAAGGAGUGGAGCGGCUCGGCGCUGCCCGAGGACAUCCACAGCACCUUCAACUCCCUCACCCUGCAGUUCGACAGCGACUUCUUCAUCAGCAAGUCCGGCUUCUCCGUGCAGUUCUCAACAUCCAUUGCAUCCACCUGCAACGACCCGGGUAUGCCUCAAAACGGUACCCGCUACGGGGACAGCAGAGAACCUGGGGACACCAUCACUUUCCAGUGUGACCCUGGGUACCAGCUCCAAGGGCAAGCUAAAAUCACCUGUGUGCAGCUGAAUAACCGAUUCUUUUGGCAACCAGACCCUCCUACAUGCAUAGCGGCGUGCGGAGGGAACCUGACCGGGCCCGCGGGGGUCAUCCUGUCCCCCAACUACCCGCAGCCCUACCCGCCCGGGAAGGAGUGCGACUGGAGAGUGAAGGUGAACCCAGACUUCGUCAUCGCCCUGAUAUUCAAAAGUUUCAACAUGGAGCCCAGCUAUGAUUUCCUGCACAUCUAUGAAGGAGAGGACUCCAACAGCCCUCUCAUUGGAAGUUUCCAGGGCUCUCAAGCCCCAGAAAGAAUUGAGAGCAGCGGAAAUAGUCUUUUCCUGGCGUUUCGAAGUGAUGCUUCUGUGGGCUUGUCGGGGUUUGCCAUUGAAUUUAAAGAGAAACCACGGGAAGCCUGUUUUGACCCUGGAAACAUAAUGAAUGGGACGAGGAUCGGGACCGACUUCAAGCUCGGCUCAACCGUCACUUACCAGUGUGACUCUGGCUACAAGAUCGCCGACCCAUCUUCCAUCACGUGUGUGAUUGGAGUGGACGGAAAGCCCGCGUGGAAUCGGGUCUUGCCCUCCUGCAACGCCCCCUGCGGAGGCCAGUACACGGGGUCAGAGGGGGUGGUAUUGUCACCCAAUUACCCUCACAACUAUACCGCCGGUCAGACCUGCCUCUAUUCAAUAACAGUGCCAAAGGAAUUCGUGGUGUUUGGGCAGUUCGCCUAUUUCCAGACCGCGCUGAAUGACCUGGCGGAGCUGUUUGAUGGGACGCACCCUCAGGCCAGACUGCUCAGCUCCCUCUCGGGGUCUCACUCAGGUGAGACACUGCCUUUGGCCACAUCCAACCAAAUUCUGCUCCGAUUCAGCGCAAAGAGCGGGGCUCCAGCGCGGGGUUUCCACUUCGUGUAUCAAGCCGUCCCGAGGACCAGUGACACCCAGUGCAGCUCUGUCCCCGAGCCCAGGUACGGGAGGAGAAUCGGUUCCGAGUUCUCGGCGGGGUCCAUCGUCCGCUUCGAGUGUAACCCGGGCUACCUGCUCCAGGGCUCCGCGGCCAUCCGCUGCCAGUCUGUACCCAGCGCCCUGGCCCAGUGGAACGACACAGUCCCCAGCUGCGUGGUCCCUUGCAGUGGCAAUUUCACUCAGCGGAGAGGUACCAUUUUAUCCCCCGGCUACCCUGAACCCUAUGGCAACAACUUAAACUGCAUAUGGAAGAUCAUCGUUACAGAGGGGUCAGGAAUCCAGAUUCAAGUGAUCAGCUUUGCCACGGAGCAGAACUGGGACUCUCUGGAGAUUUAUGAUGGUGGUGACGCAAGUGCGCCAAGGCUGGGGAGCUUUUCAGGUACCACGGUGCCAGCACUGCUCAAUAGCACAUCCAACCAGCUCUACCUGCACUUCCAGUCGGACAUCAGCGUGGCCGCUGCUGGCUUCCAUCUGGAGUACAAAACUGUGGGUCUUGCUGCUUGCCAAGAGCCAGCCCUUCCCAGCAACGGCAUCAAAACUGGAGACCGAUACAUGGUGAAUGACGUGCUGUCCUUCCAAUGUGAGCCUGGGUACACGCUGCAGGGCCGUUCCCACAUCUCCUGUAUGCCGGGGACCGUGCGGCGUUGGAACUACCCGUCUCCCCUCUGCGUUGCGACCUGCGGGGGCACCUUGAGCAGCAUGGGGGGAGUGGUCCUGAGCCCCGGGUUCCCCGGCACCUACCCCAACAACUUGGACUGCACCUGGAAGAUCUCCCUGCCCAUAGGCUAUGGUGCACAUAUUCAGUUUCUGAAUUUUUCUACUGAAGCUAAUCAUGAUUACCUUGAAAUUCAAAAUGGCCCUUAUCAUACCAGCCCGAUGAUCGGGCAGUUCAGCGGCCCCGACCUGCCCAGCGCCCUGCUGAGCACCACUCACGAGACGCUCAUCCACUUCUACAGCGACCACUCGCAGAACCGGCCGGGGUUUAAGCUCACUUACCAAGCCUAUGAAUUACAGAACUGCCCUGACCCACCACCUUUCCAGAAUGGGUAUAUGGUCAACUCUGACUACAGUGUGGGACAGUCAAUAUCUUUUGAGUGCUAUCCUGGGUACAUUUUAAUUGGCCACCCAGUUCUCACCUGUCAGCAUGGGAUCAACAGAAACUGGAACUACCCUUUUCCAAGAUGUGACGCUCCUUGUGGGUAUAAUGUGACAUCUCAGAACGGGACCAUCUAUUCUCCCGGAUUUCCGGACGAGUACCCCAUUCUAAAGGACUGCAUCUGGCUCAUCUCAGCGCCACCUGGCCAUGGCGUCUACAUCAACUUCACCUUGCUGCAGACAGAAGCUGUCAAUGACUACAUCGCGGUUUGGGAUGGUCCUGAUCAGAAUUCUCCACAGUUGGGAGUUUUCAGUGGGAACACAGCCCUGGAGACCGCAUACAGCUCCACCAACCAAGUCCUGCUCAAAUUUCACAGCGACUUUUCAAAUGGCGGUUUCUUCGUCCUCAAUUUUCACGCAUUUCAGCUCAAGAAAUGUCAACCUCCCCCAGCAGUUCCACAGGCAGAAAUGCUUACAGAGGAUGAGGAUUUUGAAAUAGGAGACUUCGUGAAGUACCAGUGCCACCCCGGGUACACGCUGUCUGGGAUGGAUACACUGACCUGUAAGCUCAGCUCCCAGCUACAGUUUGAGGGCGCCCUGCCGACAUGUGAAGCACAAUGCCCAGCCAAUGAAGUCCGGACAGAAUCCUCUGGCGUCAUCCUCAGCCCAGGGUAUCCAGGCAACUAUUUUAACUCCCAGACCUGCUCCUGGAGCAUCCGAGUGGAACCAAACUACAACAUCACUAUCUUUGUAGACACAUUUCAAAGUGAGAAGCAAUUUGAUGCACUGGAAGUAUUUGAUGGGUCUUCUGGUCAAAGUCCUCUGUUAGUGGUCUUGAGUGGAAACCAUACUGAACAAUCAAAUUUUACAAGCAAGAGUAAUCAGUUAUAUCUCCGCUGGUCCACUGACCAUGCAACCAGUAAAAAAGGAUUCAAGAUUCGUUAUUCAGCACCUUACUGCAGCUUGACCCACACCGUGAAGAAUGGUGGUGUUUUAAAUAGGACUACAGGAGAAAUUGGAAGUAAAGUGCAGUAUUUCUGCAAACCUGGGUAUCGGAUGAUUGGCCAUAGCAAUGCCACCUGUAGACGGAAUCCAGUUGGCAUGUAUCAGUGGGAUUCCCUUGCUCCACUCUGCCAGGCUGUGUCCUGUGGAAUCCCAGAGUCCCCAGGAAACGGUUCAUUUAUGGGGAAUGAGUUCACACUGGACAGUAAAGUGACCUAUGCUUGUAAUGAGGGCUUCAAGCUGGAUGCUAGUCAGCAAGCUACAGCCGUGUGUCAGGAGGAUGGAUUGUGGAGCAACAGGGGGAAGCCGCCUGCGUGCAAACUAUCUGUAUGA